AUGCCUCGACGCGCCGCCCUGGAGCCCAAGCCGCGUAAGCCCCAGUACUCUCCCGAGAAGCGCGCCCGCAUCGCCGUUCUCUCUGAGCUGGGCAUGUCGCUCAAGGAGAUCUCCGUCAAGGAGGACGUCCCCGUUUCCUCCAUCAAGGGAAUCGUCACGCGUUAUCGCCUUCAACAGGCCGGUCGCGACCGCCCGCGUCCCGGCCGCCCUCGCAUUCUCUCUGACAGGGACGUCAAGACGGUUCUGCGCAUCCUCAAGGAAAAGCCAACCGUGUCGUACGCCGAACUGAAGAGAGACGCCGGCCUCACGUGCGCGACAAAGACCCUCGUGCGCUACCUCCAAAUGGAGGGUAUCAAGCCCAACAAGCCGCCGCCAGGCGACUCUGAAGAGGAGGCUUCUCAGCUACGCGUCCUGGCCGAACCCGAGCCUGCGGAUGACGAGUAG